AUGAGGGUGUUCACUGCGGAGCAAGUCCACCGCGCGCUGCCGUACGACGCACUCAUUGAGCAUCUCCGCGAGGCCUUCCGCGCCUCCAGUGGCGGCGCUGGCAUCGCCGCCCCGCCACGUCAGCACUACACCAUUGGUCAGCGCCAUAAGGAUGAGGUUGGCGAUGGUAAUAACGAGACGGAUGCUGGUUCUGGUGCAGCAGGGGACCCGGAAGUGAGGGGGUCAAUAGGAGGAGAAGCAGGAGGAGGAGCAGGAGGAGAAAGAGGAGGGGAGAGUGGAAGUGGAGGAAGGAACACAGCAGAGGGGAAGAAGCAGGCAGCAGGGACGCUGCUGGUGAUGCCAGCUUGGGACUCACAUUGCAGCACACAAGAGCCCUUCCUGGGUGUGAAGCUGGCGACAGUGUUCCCCGGCAACGCUCGUCACGGCCUGCCAUCAGUGGCAGCGAGCUACCUGCUCUCCUCUGCUGCCACCGGCGUGCCCCUCGCCCUCAUGGACGGCACCGCCAUCACGCUGCGCCGCACCGCUGCCGCCUCUGCUCUCGCUGCACACUACCUCGCAUGCCCGGACUCCAAGGUGCUUCUCAUGGUGGGCACGGGCAACCUUGCUCCCCAUCUCAUCCUCGCUCAUCUAUCUGCCACCCCCUCCCUCCGCUCCGUGCUUCUGUGGGGCCGUACCCUCGCCAAGGCUCAGCAGACAGCUGAGAAUCUGGUCUCCUCUGACCCAAGGUUUCGUCUCAUUGAGUCGGAGGGGGGUUCCUUGUCAGACUUUCUGGAAGGGCAAGAAAUGGGUGGGGUGAGUGUUAGUGUUGUGAGCGAUUUAGAGCGUGCUGUGCGCAUGGCGGAUAUUGUUUCAUGUGCUACGCUUGCAACGGAACCACUUGUGUGCGGACGGUGGUUGAAGCGUGGAGCCCAUGUAGAUUUGGUUGGUGGUUUUCGUCCGGAUAUGCGCGAAGCGGAUGAUGAUGUCAUGAUUGCAGCCAAAGGGUCAAUAUUUGUGGAUUCCAAGGAUGGUGACGCCAUCACAGGAUCUGGGGACCUUAUCAAGCCUAUUGCUAGUGGUGCUAUUUUGGAGAAGGACAUUGGAGGAGACCUCUUUGAGUUAUGUCCUGGACGUGUGCAUGGGAGGAGAGCUAAUGAGGACAUUACUGUGUUCAAGUCGGUAGGAUUGGCCCUAGAAGACCUUGUAGCUGCCAAGAUUGUGUGGAAGGAUAUGGAAUUGUAA